AUGCGUGCUGUUCUAGUGAGGGGGGGUCAACAGCCAAACAGCCCCCCGUCUCUCUUUCUAGGUAGCUGUCUCGUCCCUAAGCUGCAGCAGCCGCAGCUGCAGCAGCAGCAGCAGCAGCAGCAGCAACAGCAGCAACAGCAGCAGCAGCUGCUGGUGAAGGUGGGAGCAGCAGGAGUUAAUAGAAUGGAUUUGUUACAAAAGGCAGGCAAAUACCCUCCCCCUGAAGGGGCCUCGCCUUUGUUAGGGGUUGAAGUUGGUGGGGUUGUUGUACUCGGAGACGCCAUUCCUGUGGGGACUCCUGUGGGACGACUGUGCACGAGCCACGGCUGCGCUGUCACGGGGACUGGCACCUCAGGGAUAUCGGACUUCCAGGCGAAUGGCGGAAAACCCUCAGGGAUUAAAUUCGCUCUCGUCUACGCCGCUGGCUCGGGGAUGGGGGUAGCCCUUAUUCAGCUGCUUAAAGUAUUUAUUCCGUCGGUUUCUGUUAUCGCUGUCAGCGGAUCGACAGACAAAAUGCAAAAAAUAAAAGAUUUGGGGGCGGCGGUUUGUUUGAAUUACAAAGAGUUGGGGACAGGCCUCGCAGACAAAGUGCUGGAAUACACCCAAGGCCAGUAA